AUGAGUCAAGGGUAUUUCCCCGGUGGCAGCGGUUCUUCCGCCGGCGAGGGAUCGUCCAGGCAUGCGGGCGCGGAGGAGCGUUUUGACAGGCCUUUCCAUCCGAGACCGCCGCCUUCGUACAUGACUGUCGGAAAUGGUUCGACUUCGGAGAGUGCAAGUGCGCUGAUGGCCUCGUUGAAUAAUGACUCGGGAUAUGGUGGGAGUGUCUCCAGUGGGAGUGUGGCGGAUGGUGAUGGAGGGGCUGCAUGGCACGGUCUGAUGGAAGAUAGACCGACGUACCCUGGAGAAUGGAACCCAGCUGGCGACAAUGAGAGACAGGUUGUCGCAAGCCAUGUUCAUCAGCUUCUCUACAACCAGAACCGGACCAAGCUCGGCCGUGCUAUCUCCCGGACCAUCGAGACGCUGAAGGAACUCCAAGACAUGAACCGACAAUGGCCCGCCCACUACCCGUCCGUCCAGACUACCCCCGGAUCCCCUUCGCUACAACACAGCCAGACAUUCCUCGAGGGCACCCCCGCGGAUCCGGUUCCAGGGCAACUCAGACGCGCGACUACGAUGCCGGCUGGCGGUGAUGCAGAGUCGAGUGCAGCUCCGGAGAGCCGACCUGCGCCUGAGCCGCGAUUGAUGAGUCCGCAGAUGGCGCAGGAGUUUUCGAUUCUGAAGCUGGAUCUGAAAUUGGGCGCUCUUUCGCAAGCUGAGCUGGUGCAUUCGUUGGAGAAAUCUUCAAUUGCAUCGCUCCUCGACGGAAAAGUCGGCCAGAGCAUCAAGCAUCUCCUCUCACUGCGGGACAGAAUUGAGGAUACUGCGAGCAAGGUGCUGAUUACUGGUGACUUGAACGCAGGAAAGUCGACUUUCUGUAACGCUUUGCUGCGUCGGAAGGUCUUGCCAGAGGAUCAGCAGCCUUGCACCAGCCUCUUCUGCGAGGUUCUUGAUGCUCGGGAGAACAGCGGAAUUGAAGAGGUGCAUGGAGUGCACAAGGAUGUGCCGUAUAACCGCAACGACGAAAGAACAUACGACGUCUACCCCUUGUGUGAGUUGGAGAACAUCGUGAUUGACAACGACAAGUACAUGCAGUGCAAGGUGUAUGUCAAGGACGUGCGGACUAUCGACGAAUCCCUUUUGAACAAUGGUGUUGUCGAUAUUGCCCUGAUCGAUGCGCCGGGUCUGAACUCGGAUUCUCUCAAGACAACAGCGGUAUUUGCCCGACAGGAAGAGAUUGAUGUCGUUGUCUUUGUCGUCUCAGCCGCGAACCACUUCACUCUUUCGGCAAAGGAAUUCAUCAUGAACGCCGCCCACGAAAAGGCUUACAUGUUUAUGGUCGUCAACGGUUUCGACCAAAUCCGGGAUAAGCAGCGUUGCGAGCGGAUGAUCUUGGACCAGAUCAACAAGCUUAGCCCGCGAACCCACAAGGAAGCGGCGGAAUUGGUUCACUUCGUGUCGAGCAAUGCCAUUCCCGUUGCACCUCCGCCGCCAGUUGAGCAGCCUGGUGGUGGUGGCAGCGGCGGCGGUGGGGGCUUCGAUGAUCCCCAUGACGAUGACGACGAUGAUGAUGACAAUGACAAGGGUAAAGGAAAGGGCAAGGACAAGGGCAAAGACAAGGAGAAGAUCCAGGACUUCGAGAACCUGGAAUCCUCUCUGCGUCGCUUUGUUCUGGAGAAGCGUUCUCGGUCCAAGCUUGCGCCUGCCAGGACUUACCUUCUCAACUUGCUUGGAGACCUGAACUCGUUGGCUUCCGUCAACCGUGAUGUUGCCCAGUCAGAGCUCAAGCGCGUCACGGACGAGUUGGCAGAGCUUGUUCCAGCCUAUGAAAAUGGCAAGAAGCGGAAGCUGGACAUUGCGGACCAAGUGGAGAAGUGCAUCGAGGGAUCCUGCGAGGGUGUCUACAACCACACCCGGUCUACGUUGACGAACACUAUCGCUCGUGUGUCUGAAGCAGAUCUUGGUGUUGAGUACCCUGGUCUCUUCUCUGUGUUCCAGUACGCAGAGGACCUGAAACUCGCCAUGUUGGAACAGAUUUCCGGCUCGGUCACGGAGUGCGAGGACUUUGCCCGUGGAAAGACUGUGCAAGGUGUCGGCUUCAUACAGAACAUCGGUCUCUUGCAUGUUGGAGAGGACAAGUUCGCUCCUCUCAACUUCCGCGCCGACAUGAUGUUCCGUCGUAGCCGCCGUCACACUUUCGCCAAGCAAGUCGACACGGAAGUGGAAUUGUGGGAUUUCUUCGAUGUCGCCAGUCUCUGGGAGAGACAGGAGAAGAUGGCCGGAACAGGCAUGGCCAUGACCGCUAUCACUGUUCUUACCGGCCGUGCUUUCAGCGGCUUCAGCUGGGUUGAUAGCGUGUUUAGUGCUGUCAAGUUCCUUGGACCUCAGAACGCGCGACGACUAUUCGUCCCUACUCUUGUUGCAGCUGCCGCACUGACUGCUGCAUACGUGCUCUCUUCGAUCCCGACCACUCUCCCCCCUCGUCUCUCGCGCAAGCUUGCCGCCAGCCUUCACGAAAUGGACUAUGUCCACUCCAACGCCAACCGCAUCUCAACGGAAGUCCGCCGCAUCCUCCGCAUCCCAUCUGGUAACCUGCAGACCAGCCUUGCACAGGACGUCGAAGACCUGGGCAAGCGCAAGAGCGAAGUCAGCAAGACCAAGCAGGAGAGCGACGUUGCCAACAAGUACUUCUCGAACCUCUUCCGCGACAGCGGCGAGAACAGGAGAUUCGUGGAGGACAUUGAUCUUGAUGCCCCGUUGCCUGGUGGGUUGGCGGCUGCUCAUGAUUGA